UGUGUGUGUCUAAAGAACAAUUUCUUCGAGGUUAGUUUUAACUUCUUGCUGGUUCAAGUGUGAGAAAGAUCAUGGAAAGCUCGGAACAAGAACAUGUGACUUCAGCUGCUAUGCCUGCUGCUUGGGAGGAGAAGGCGCCUUCCCCUCGCCCGCAUACUCCAUAUCUUCAAGGAAUCAGCAUACCUCCUUCUCCCCAAACUUUCUCAGAAUAUUUUCAAGACACCCCUUCUACAAGUCUUCCCCAAGAUGCUAUGGAGUUUAUGAUGUUCCAGUUGACUGAAUUCUCGCAUUUACAAACCAUGGAGUAUGCCGGUUCUCUGCCAAAUGAUCCUCUGCCAAGCCACCAACAAGUAGGCCGGAAGAAGAAAGUAUUGAAUGACCUUUUUUCAGAUGAUCAUAUAACAUCAUUCUCAAUGGAAUUGGCUGUGUCCUCUCACUCUAAAACCGGGGUUUCUGGGAAGUUAUUGCCAACUGGUCCUCUAGCCCGCCAAACCAAUGCACAAUCAGGGAUUUCAGUGUCAGCAGCUCCAACGGCAGUUGAUGCAUCACAAAAUCCUCAACAGUCAAAGCGAUUGAGUAGGCAUCAAAUCUACAGAAUGCAUGUCAAAGGGAAAGCAAAGUUCAAGGAUCUUUCACAUCAAAUUCUGAAUGAACACAUCAAAAUGCUAAAUGAAGAAUUGUUAAGGAUGACAGGUGAACUUAAAGCCAAGAAUGAGCAGCUUUCACAUCUUAUGUCUGAGAAUGACAUGCUCAAGAAAGAAAAUAAACGUUUGAAACUGCCUUCUUAGAUUGGGAUUUUGUGACACUGAUAAUAAAAAUAACCUAUAUCUUCGUUUUUCUUAUUAAACAUUAUAUAUCAUGUACAUAUGAAAG